CGCAGCUUUGAGUAUCACUAGGAGAGGAGUGCAAGCAGGCAAAGACAUCCGCAGACAGAAGAGGUUCAUCUGUGUGACUCAUCCAGAACAUCGCAAAGCAAGAUUUUAGAAUAUUAUGGAAGAAAGCUGGUCCAGAGAUGGGCAGUCCUAAAGAGCUACAGAGAUUGCAGCUGUCUAAACCAGAUGCUGGCAGUGAGAACAUUUCCCUCCGUUCCCCCAUAUCAUCCAGAAUCUGGCAGGCAGAUGACCCUACACGCCAUUUAGGGUUCACUGGGGAGGAUCUUAGCAUGCGAAAUUUCUGUGUCAGCGUACAUGGAGAUGCUGAUUUCUUGGAGGGAAGUUUCAGCUUUGAUACUGAAGGAGAUAGCUUUCGAGCAUUGCAAAGGAUUGAUUCUGUGGAUGCUCUUAGUACUAUUCCCGUAAUGUUAGCUGAGGAAGAGAAUAAAUCAUUAAAGCAACAAGACAGUACAGAUCUUACCACAGCAGACAACACUGAACACAAGAGUCACUUAGAGAAAUGUCUAGAAGAAUGCACAUUCACUGCCACUGGAUUUAGUGAGUUAACAAACAGGGACUUUAAAUCCCCAAAUGAUGUCACAGAAUGUGGCAAAGUCAAACAGGAUCAGCCUCCCAGCCAAGACAUAACCCAUAGAGGAGGCUACUCAGAAACUACACAAUUGGACAGGGUAAACUUAAGAUGUUUUGUAAAAAUAGACCAUGAACCUGUGUUGCACAAAGAACAUUUAUAUGGAGCUGUUGAAUCCUCAAGUGACUUUAAAAAAGAGGAGUCAAGUACUGAAAUGGGAACAGCAAAAGACAAAGUGACCUCACAUACAUGUGGAACUGACAUUGUGCCCUCCCAAGUUCCUUCCUCAGUUGAAGAAAUUACAACAAUUAGGGUAACUCAAGAUUCCUCACUUAGUGUGACAUCAAAUAUAGAUUCAAGCUUGAAUACAAUGACUGGCCCCAUAGGUGACAACACACUAAGAGACAUUUUGCCAGAGACUUCCACAAAAGUUAAAGAAGACAAAAUGAUUCAUGGAAAACCAGCUCCUAAUCAGGAUGCCAACACUUUUGUUGAUGAAAGAAAAACUGAGACCAUGACAGAUGGGAAGACAGGAUGUGAGGAGGCUGCCAAUGGAGACUUUAAUGCAAAAACACACUCGUAUGAGCUAGUGCCAUCUAAUAAUGAUAGGAGUACACAAGCUGACAAAGUGGAGUAUAGAUCUAUUGCCAUAAGCCCUAUUGUUCCUCCAGAUGGCAGCUCAUCAUUCACUUUUCAAACUGGAAUGGCGACUAAAGGAACAUCAUCUGUUGCAAAUUCCUAUAAUGUUAGAACAGCUGGGAAAGAGUCUACUGGUAGAGAGGAGCAACCUAAAACCUCUUCAUUUGAGCCCAAUCCUCCCAAUCAAGAUGUUGGUACUGAAACAAGAGUGCAGUGCAGGUCUAUAGCAGUGAGCCCCAUUGUACCACCAGGUGGGUCAACAUCAUUUACAUUUCAAACUGAAAACCCACAGGCCACUAAAUCCGUACAGGGCUCUAGUGAUCAAUUGAUCAACAUUAGAGGUGCCCACAAUCUCCACAAACCCUACUCAACUGAACUGACUCCAUCCAUUAUGAAUGUUGGAACUGAAACAAAAGUAGAAUAUAAAUCUGUUGCAGUGAGUCCCAUUAUCCCACCAGAUGGAUCUUCAUUCACAUUUCAAACACAAAAAAGUUUCAACAUUACAGCAGGGGUGCAGCCAUCACAAGGUGGAGAUACAUUAUCAAAAACAUAUUCCUUUGAACUGACUCCUCCUAAUCAGGAUGUGGGGUCCCAGGCAGACACCAGAGCAGAGCGUGUUUCAAUUGCUGUUAGUCCAAUUAUCCCACCAGGACAAUUGUCCACAUUUAUCUUUCACACAGAGCAAAAGAAUGAAGAAAUGUUUGGCAGUGCAGGCAAGGCAGGAGAAAGUACCCCUAUACAGAACCAAACAGGCACACCACACAAACAAAACCAUAGUGUUGGCACUCAGGCUGACACCAAAGUGCAAUGUAUAUCAGUGGCGGUCAGUCCUUUUGUGCUCCCUGAUGGAUCUUCCUCAUUUCCUUUCCUCAUAGAGAAGACAGCUCAAAACCAGCCUGCAGACAACAAAACCGACAAGGAUGUUAAAAAUACAGAAAAUCUUCCAAAGACCUACUCAUUUGAGCUCACUCCUCCUGAGGAGGAUACUGGGACUGCUACUUGUGUGGAAUACAGAUCUGUAGCCCUUAGUCCUUUUGUUCCACCUGGUGAAUCUUCUUUUAGUUUCCUAAGUGAAAAACAAGAAGUAUCAUCUAAAAUGUAUGAACUAACAAAACCCAGUCAAGAGAUUGGGACUCAAGCUGACAACAAAGUUGACUGUGUAUCUGUUGCCGUCAGCCCAAUAGCUCUGCCACAGGGGUCUUCUACUUUUAAUUUCCAAACAGAACAGAAAUCCCAGGAAUCAAGUGCACUUCCAGCAGCUCAAUCACUGCAACUCAAACCUCAUAAUCUAAAGGAUGUUGGGACUCAGGUUGAGACUAAUGUACAGUGCACAUCAAUAGCUGUGAGUCCUUUUAUGCCCAUGGAAGGAUCGUGCUCGUUUACAUUUCAUACAGGGGCUGCAAACCAAGAUACACCAUGUCCAGCAUGCUCAUAUGUGAAGCCUGUCAUGAAGGAUGCAGGGAUGCAAGUGUCUUUUGUGGUUGAAACAAGGUCUGCUGCUACUGACCCAAUGACUCCUACUGGUAAAUCUUCUUGUGCCACUUAUCCUGAGGUCCGUGUGAAAGAACCCAAAGGAGAUCACCCAGAGCCAGUGAGAGAGGUUAGCUGGGAUGAAAAGGGCAUGACAUGGGAAGUAUAUGGAGCAUCCAUGGAAGUUGAAGUAUUGGGGAUGGCAAUACAGAAGCACUUGGAAAAGCAGAUUGAAGAGCAUGGGCGGCAAAAAGUGUUGACACCUCAAAAUACAAGAGGAAGCUCUAUUCGAGGCACCACAGGAAAGGGUGAGACCAAAAGGCAACCCAGCACAUUCCGCACAUUUUUCCACAGGCGACCGCGUUGCUGCUCAAAAGCUGGGCCUGCAGUGGAGUGAAUCACCCAGUGAUAAAGCCAUUUUAUAAAACAAUCAAGCAAAA